CGGCGAGGGAAGUGUUUAGGGAAGUUCUCGAGUGCAUGUCUAAUAAAAGUGGAGUGGAACGCAGCCCGGAAUUUGUGUUUCAGUGGGAGUGUCUUUACUUUUUGAACAGCCCUCCUGUGGACACACAUAUACUGACUAUGCAACUAAAUUGAUGACGGAUUGGAUGUUUGUAUAAUAACCUUCAGGUGAGAAAGAGAAUCCUAAUGGAGAAAACCAUUCAACUCGCAUAUUCUAAAGACUGCAGUAAAUAUAAUAUAAAUGAAGUAUAAUCAAACUAGUGUUUAUAGUAUAAGUUUGAAUAAUUGUAGCCGUUGUUUCCUGAUUCAGUGUACUCUGACAUGUUUUACUUUCACUGAGGUUCGUUUGUCUGCUCGUACCUGUUGUUUUGCCGAUACUUGCUAAUGUAUCGUUUCAGUGAGACGUCACGACAUUAAGUUAACACUAUAAAAUGUGAUUUAGAUUUUUAUUUUAUUAUAUUAUUUUUUGCGUUCAAGGUAAGGUUGCAUUGAAUCUGUUCACAAACAUGACGUGGAAAAAAUGAAAACAAAACUAGAUUCUAGUCAAAAAAACUGAACUAGAUGUACAGAAGGUGGAUUUCUUUCCUUGUUGUUCCUAAAUCUACAACUUUAACCAUUAAUAAACGCUUACUUAAUGUGAUAUAUGAUCAUAUUUAAAAAAAACACACACACGAAAACUCCUCUAAAAAGAGCCAGCCACAUUGCUACCGAUUGUGCAGAAACUGAGCAGAAAUGAGUGAUUCUCUCCUUAACCCACUGACCGUCAUAUGUACGGGAUCCUGCUUUGCCUUCUCUGGACUGUUUUAUAAACUGUACUGCGAAAAAAAACUAGAAAUACAGAAGCUGAAGGAGAUACCCAACUUCCAAGCAGACCAUCACCUGCUCAGGAUUCUGAAUGCAUCAUCCAACAAGAGACUUAAUUAUGUUGCUGUAGAAGGAUUGGUGCAGGCUGUUGGAGAGCCCAUUUCCAGCCAGUAUGUUCCACGGUGUUAUGGUGUCAUCCAAAAGAUUACCGUGAACGAGCACUGGAAAUACUGGAACUCUCUUCUGAAGUCAUGGGUCUCCAAAAAAGUGAACAAGAAGCAGACCACCAACACAGUGCCCUUCAGCUUGAUCCAGCCCGGAUCAUACAUCAGUGAGGUUUCUGUCCGCGUGGACUCGCCUCUGGAGGCGUCCGGUGAUUACCUCAAGCAGGUGCACAAGCGCCUCAGGCAUGCUAAAGAGGGGCUUGUAGAUGUUGUUUUGCAAGAAUUGAGUGGGGAGAAGCCUGUGGCCCAAGAAGAGCGAGAGGAGCUGCUGCGUGUGGGGGUGUCCCUCACAGGAUUCGGCGAGCUUGUGCUGGAGCAGGAUAAGAUCAUGAGAUUACAACCACCCAAAGAUGGCCGCAGCUAUGUCCUGAUCCCCAGCGAUUAUAAGAGCUUCAUGCAGCGACAUGAGAACAGCGCUAACAUGUGGAAAGGGCUGACGGCUCUGUUUGGAAUAACAGGGUUUACACUCUUAGCGGCUUUUAUUCAUAGUAGUCUUAAGGAUAAAAAAACUAGCUGACUGUAUUAUGAAACAAAAUCAUGCACAGAAUUAUGGAACAAAAUAACGCAACUGUUUUUGAUUUUAUUGUAGAGUUUUGCUAGUGAAAAUAUUUUUCAAGCCUAGUACACUCCAAGUGAUCCAAACUAUCCUUAUAUCAGUCUUUCUUUUUUUUUAUGAAUCUAAUAUUUCAGAUAUCUUAUGUUUGAAUAUGUCACCAAUAUUAAAAGCCAUUCACAACUCA